UUAGUAAUAAGUUACUAAUAACGUUGUGGGUCCAACCAUUUUUCUAAUAAACAUGGCAGUUUUAUUACUAGGCUAUGUCUAUUAUCUGCUUUUGUUUACAAAGGAAGAAACUUCUGCUAUAACGCCACUUAAUGAUUUUGUUCGACAUUUCGAAACACUGAAUUAUGCCGCAAAGCCCAAAUUGUACCGAAGGGAUACACAAAGAAGUCUUGGUAAGACGCAGUUUCUUGUGUUCAAUGCUCACGGACGAAAAUUUCAACUAAUGCUUUGGCCUGAUACAAAAGCAUUAGCGCCCGAUGCAGAAAUUCUUGAUGGAGAUGGCAAGAAAAUAGAAUUUGACAGAGAUUCGUUGCUAACUGGUGAAGUUGUCGGCGAACCAGGUUCUAUCGUUCAUGGAGUCUUGCAUCAAGACACAGGUUUGUUUACCGGGAAAAUUCUAAUGAAAGAUGAUGUUUAUUUCAUCGAAUCGGCAAAACGAUAUUUCAACAAACCUAUGGGCUUUCAUUCCGUGAUAUAUAAGGACGAAGACGUAAAGUAUAGUGUGAAAUUUGCUGAACCAAAAAUUGCCCCGAUUGAAGAGGGAUUUAAAAGGAACGACUUGCAAGGGGAAAGAGAGGAUUUCAAUAUAAGAACUCGAAGAGCAACAGGCAUUCCGAAGAAUAACUUUUGUCGUCUGUCGAUGGAAGCUGAUUACACCUUUCUGGGGUUUGCAACAGACGCUAUAUUGGCUGUUGGCGAAAUAUUAAAGCAUGUACAAGCUGUAAAUAUAAUUUAUGGCCAGACAUUCAAUACAAGCAGCACAUAUUUCCCAUAUAGUUUACAAUUUCAUGUGGGGCUAUUGCAAGUACACAAUAAAGACCAAACUCCAACAGAAUUAAGAAGAGAGAAUAUUGAUAGCUCAACAUUUCUAUCAAUAAUGUCGAAAAAAGAUUACUCAUCUUUCUGUCAGGCUGUUUAUUUCACCCACAGAGAUUUUGCUGGAGGUAUUUUAGGGCUAGCAUGGAUUGGUUAUCCACAGGGUAGAGCUGGAGGAAUGUGUGAUGGCAGGAGGGGGUCCAACAGUUAUAACACAGCAGUUGUGACAUUUACACUUCAAGGACGAAAUACUCCACCAAAAGUCUCAGAAAUAACAUUUGCUCAUGAAAUUGGACAUGCUUUUGGAGCCAAGCAUGAUGAAGAUGAUGAUUGUGUACCUGGAGGUGAAGAUGGAAACUAUAUCAUGUUUGACAAGGCAACAAGUGGUGAUCGCACUAGAAAUGAUCGCUUCUCACAAUGCAGUAUUGAGGAGAUUAUGGCCAACGUUAAUGCUAAACGAGGAAAAGUCAUUGACAGCAACGUCAAGAAAUAUCCGAGACUCUGUCUUGAGAGCUACAGUAGAAUGGUUGGACGAGGGGAUGCUUGUGGAAAUGGCGUUAUUGAGGGUGAUGAAGAAUGUGACUGUGGAAUGGAAGAGCAAUGUCGGUACCAGGAACCUAACUUAUGUUGUGAUUGGCGGACAUGUAAACUCAACAUUGGAAAAACGUGCAGUCCAAGUCAAGGCCCAUGCUGUAAUAAAGAAUGCAAAACAGCUUAUGAAGAAAAAAUCUGUGGACGUGGUAGCGAUUGUCUUAAAGAGUCAAGAUGCCCCAGUUUGAGUGAAAGAACAGCCAAGAGUAUCACCGGCUACAAAUGCCCAUCUCAGGAGUUCCGUCCUGUCGAUACCGAAUGCGAAGGAGGGGCCUUGCUGUGUCAUAAGGGUCUUUGUAGCAAAUCCAUCUGUACAAAAUAUAACUUAAAACCUUGUGAAUGCAAGAAAAGAAAAGAAGAAUGCCAUGCCUGCUGUAUUGAAAAUGGCGUUUGUCGCAGUGCCUAUAAGAUAGAUAAGAUGAAACGUAGUACGCCGUAUAACUACAGUAUUGGCACCCCAUGUGCCAACAACACGGGCUACUGUGAUUUCUUCCAGUAUUGUCAAAGAGUUGACUUGGAAGGUCCGCUUCUACAGCUGUUUAACCUGUAUUUUACCUCUGAAGGUGUUCGCGAGCUUACUCGGAAGUACUGGUGGGCAAUCUUGCUUGGUACCCUAGGUCUGGUUGGUAUAAUAGUCCUGCUUGUGGUGUAUGGUGCUCGAUAUACUGGCACAGAUAACCCUGAUGGUAAACCAGCCGAACCCUUACCAAGCUUCUGUUGCUGUGGCACUGAUCGGAGCGAUGGACCAGCAGCCCGCAGAGAGUUGAGAGGAGCCCAUUCUGAGCUCAAAGAAGACAAAGAACUAUAAAAUAAGAUAGUUUUAAAAAUUUUGUUUACAGCAUCUUGGGUUUUCAAUUUUUGUGUUGUGCGUUUAAACCUGGUUUGCGCACGCUGUAGUUAUUUGCAAUAAUUAUUGCAAUAUUUCAUACAAUCGAUCAAUAUAAUAGCCUGCGAAUGGGUGUUUAAGACGAGGACAAAAGUGAUCGGCAAUAGCAGAACGUGAAAUGUAUGAACGCUAAAAUAUUUUCUCCCAUUGAUACAUAUUAAUUUGCAUGAAGUGAUUCGGUAUAAUAAUAAUAUGUCACAGUGUAUCCAACUUGUAAUGUAUUAAUUGAAUAUAUUUCCAAGUUUUUCUGAACGAAUAAGACGAAAAAGAAUAUAUUGAUAAUUUUUAAUAACAUAUUGAUCAUAGUGUAGCCUAUACUUUCUGUUUUGUCGUUAUCGUCGUGAACAAGUCAUUUUCACCGAUGUGAAAUACUCGCGGAUGUAAAUUUGUCUUUAUCUUCUGUAUUUAAAUCGUCAUUCUUGACUUCAGAUACUGCAUUACUCUAAUACAUCAACCACCUUGACAUGUUCACGACAAUUACGAUUAAAUGAAAACCAGGGUGAGGCGUAUACAUAUAACAUAUUGUAACUAUCAUGAGAUAUAGCGCGUUGAAUCAGUAAUGACGCCUAGUAAAGAUAAGCCUAGACUAUAUUUGAUGACGGGAUAUUGAAAUCCCUAAUGUGGCCUUUAACUUAGUCUUAUUUGGCUUUAUUUGUGUAUAAUUCGUAGUAAUCACUUGUAUAAGUUGAUUUGAAUUUUGGUUACAUCGCUGACGUAUUAAUUCAUUGUAAACCCAACUGCCAAAUGGGUCAAAUGCACCUGCUAAUAAUAUUAUUGAC